AUGCGAUCUCGUCCAUUUUUACCUUCGACUCAAUAUUUUUGCUGUUCCAAAACCCCCUUUUAUAGUCAGUCCAUAUCUCACCACGCUCAAUCUACCAGCAACCCUCCUACCACGAAACAUGGCUGCAAAACUCGUCCGCACAAGCCUACCACCAAAGCUCCUCCAACACAUCGAAACUCUCGAACUACACCGCCAUCUCGAAUCCGCGCUGUCCAAGCCGCUGAAACACCUCCCAGCAGAUGA